AUGGCACAACCGUUGUCUCCGCGGGCCAAACCUUCGUGUUGGGUUUUUUCGGCUCCAGCAGACGGUACGUCGGCAUAUGGUAUUACAAGGUGUCAGUCCAGACCGUCGUGUGGGUCGCAAACAGUGGGCGCCCCAUCACUAGCGGCCGUGGAAUCCUCUCCUUAUCCGCCGACGGAUCGCUCACCAUCGUCACUGACGAAGAACUCCACCGUCCUCUGGUCCUCCUCGAGCCUAAGCGCGUCGGGGUCCCUGUCGAGUCCGGUGGCGCAGCUCCUCGAUGAUGGGAACUUCGUCAUCCAGGAGUCGGGAAGUAGUAGCAGUGAUAGAUUUUGGCAGAGCUUCGACUACCCGACGGACACCCUGCUCCCCGGCAUGAAGCUGGGGUGGAACCUCACGAGUGGGCUGAACCGCAACCUCACGGCGUGGACGAGCGAGACCGACCCGGCACCGAGCGGAUACACGAUGGGGAUGGACUUGGAUGGCUACCCGGAGAUAUUCCUCUGGACGGGGACGACCAAGAAGUGGCGGGCGGGAUCAUGGAACGGUCUCCGAUUCAGCGGCAUCCCCGAAAUGAAGGGCUAUGACAAGCUAUAUUGGUCCAUUAAUAAAUUAUUUGUUGAACAUUAUAUAUUAUAUUAUCCUUAG